CCGGACGCCAAGAUGGUGAUGGACGUCAUCUCCCGGAUGGAGGACACGGAGCCGUUCAGUGACGAGCUGCUGGCGGCCAUGAACCGGCUCUGGCUGGACGGCGGCGUGCAGGAGUGCUUCGGCAGGUCCAACGAGUACCAGCUGAACGACUCAGCCAAAUAUUUCCUGGAUGACCUGGCGCGCCUGGGAGCCAAGGACUACCAGCCAACUGUGCAAGACAUCCUGCGAACCCGGGUCAAAACGACUGGCAUCGUCGAAGUACACUUCUCCUUCAAAAACCUCAACUUUAAACUGUUCGACGUGGGCGGUCAGCGGUCCGAGCGGAAGAAGUGGAUCCAUUGCUUCGAAGACGUGACGGCCAUCAUCUUCUGCGUGGCCAUGUCCGAGUACGACCAGGUGCUGCACGAGGACGAGAGCACGAAUCGAAUGCAAGAGAGCCUGAAGCUGUUCGACUCCAUUUGCAACAACAAGUGGUUCACCGAUACGUCUAUCAUUCUUUUCCUCAACAAAAAGGACUUGUUCGAGGAAAAGAUCAAGAAAUCGCCGCUCGCCAUUUGCUUUCCCGAAUACCCCGGUGCGCAGGAGUACGGCGAGGCGGCCGCCUACAUCCAGGCGCAGUUCGAAGCCAAGAACAAGUCGACCAACAAGGAGAUCUACUGCCAUAUGACCUGCGCAACGGACACGACCAACAUCCAGUUCGUCUUCGACGCCGUCACGGACGUCAUCAUUGCCAACAACCUGCGCGGCUGCGGUCUCUACUGAGGCCGCUGCGUUAAAGCCGCCAGCGAGCGCGCCAUCUGCUGGACUCUCGAGCAAUAGCGCCCUGCGCGGCUUGCCGCCAGGGGCGCUAGUGUUUGCGGGCGUAGCUCUUCGGACUCAAGCUUGGUUGGCGGUGGACGUGUUGGCGUGCCGGUACUAGUCAUGCCAAUGUGCUUACAUGCUGAUUUAUUUAUGUCUUGAUGACUGUGUGUGUAGGUGUGUGUGUGUGUGUGACUGACUGGCUCAAGCGAAACUUGCGGGCCGUGCUUGCUGAAACGUAACCACUCGGAAGUACUGUGGAGUUUGUCAAAAAAUUGUCCUGCCUGGUCAUCGCCAGGCGGCAGCACGAUGGCAACCAAGUCCGCGCCGCAACGACAGUCGAACAAACCUUGAUCU